UGGAGUGAGCUAGAUGGGAAACAAGCGGGCAGAGUCCCUUGCUAUAAAUCCAGAACUAACACCGGACAGGUCCAAGUCUCAUGACACUCUCUUCGAGUUACCCAGGGGACUGGAUUGAGCUCAGCCUCCGCCUUCUAGCAAUAGUACCACCAGCACGCUCAGAAGGCGAAGAGAAGGGCUUGGAGCGGGCAGAGAGACUGAACUAAGCAAGAAGAGGGGACGCUCCACCAGCCCGUAGGUGUACCGCCGCGGCCGCCUCCUCGCCCUGCGAGACACGCGCGGAGGCUGUCCUGUGCUGUUGGUAUCAUUUCCCACACAACCUCUAGCAGGACUGAUCACGAUGAUCCUAAAUAUCUCUACAGAAGAGACUGAUAAAAAAAACCCCAUUGACUGUCCCUUUUUGGGACACGACUAUAUUUUUGUCAUGAUUCCAACUGUUUACACCAUCAUCUUCAUCAUUGGUAUAUUUGGAAACAGCUUGGUUGUGAUUAUCAUUUACUUCUACAUGAAGCUGAAAACUGUGGCCAGUGUAUUUCUGCUUAAUUUAGCCCUGGCAGAUCUGUGUUUCCUAGUAACUCUGCCAUUAUGGGCAGCUACAACAGCCAUGAAGUAUCACUGGCCUUUUGGCAAUUGCUUGUGUAAGAUCACUUCAGCUGCAGCAACCUUCAAUCUGUACGCCAGUGUGUUUCUCCUGACAUGCCUCAGUGUAGAUCGUUAUUUAACAAUAGUGCAUCCGAUGAAGGCCCGCCUUCGACGCACAAUGCUCGUUGCCCGGGUAACUUGUAUCAUCAUCUGGCUGUUGGCAGCCCUUGCCAGCUUGCCUGUGGUGAUUCACCGUCGUGCAUACUUCAUGGAAAAUGAAAAUAUCACAGUAUGUGCUUUUUGGUAUAGCACACGCAGGAACUCAACCAAAAACACAACCAUCAAAAUUGGAUUAGGCAUAUCCAAAAAUAUUCUGGGGUUCUUCAUCCCCUUUGUGAUCAUUUUAAUAAGCUACAUAUUAAUCUGGAAAACUUUGAAAAGGGCUUACCAGUUUCAGAAAAAUAACGGCAGAGGUGAUGACAUUUUUAAGUUGAUUGUUGCAAUAGUUCUGUUUUUCUUUUUUUCUUGGAUUCCUCAUCAAAUAUUUACUUUUAUAGAUGUGCUGAUUCAGCUUGAUGUGAUUAAGAACUGUGAUGUUGAGGAUAUUGUGGAUACAGUUAUGCCCUUCACAAUCUGCUUAGCUUACUUUAACAACUGCCUGAAUCCUGUCUUUUACGGCUUCUGGGGAAAAAACUUUAGAAAAUACUUCCUUCAGCUACUCAAAUACAUCCCUCCAAAUGUCAGGCAUUCCAGUCUGUCGACAAAGAUGACCUCCCUUUCAUAUCGACCUUCAGAAGACUUAUCCUCACCAUCAGAAAAAAAGAAUCCCUGGUUGCUGAAUGAUAGUACGGCAGCACAUGUUUUGCUGUUGGUUGGUCAGAGCGACAAUGCUCAUCUUCUGCAGCGCUGGAUCUGAGAUACUUCAUCCUUGGGAAAAUUGAGUACUACCUUCAUUUCAUGUUACUUUCAUUUCAUGUUAUGAAGAGGAACGUCUUAACUAAAGAAUGCAAGCAUCCUGCCUUCUGAUGUUAGAGCUUGGUGGGAAAUGAUAUGUGGUAGAACAUCUAAUCCAACUGCUUGUAGAAAAGUCUCUGAAAUUACCUUGUGUUGCCUUAUACAUAAGUGUUAUAUAGAAGGCUUAUUUCCAGAGUCCUGAAACGAAAGGAAAGGAAAGGUCAUGGUGUGUUUCAAGAAUGUGAAAGAACUGCCUAUUUAACUAUAAUCAAACCCUACUUGGACUACAUUUAAUUACAUACAGUACACUCAUCUUCUCCAGAAACUGAAAACUGCCAGAACUGAACUAAUGUAUAUCAGUAAUACUGUGAGAUUUUGAAAUGAGAGUAAAGUGUAAUACAAUAUAGAAUGAAUCCAUAUUUAGAUAAACUGUUUUUCCAUGUUCAAGUAACAUUUGCUACAUAUACGGCUAAAUGUACCACAUUCAGAAUAUAGCACUGUUUCUAAAUGCAGUUGAAAAAAGCUUCAUUCCAAAGAUAGUUCCCUCUCUAUGAGCUCUUGGCAAAAUACAUCUGUGGAAAGUUUGUUUACUUGCACACAAUUUUAACUGCCUUUCAGAAAUACAUAGCUACUACUGUUUAUUUAAUGCGGUUCCUUUCAAAAUGGGCCUUACGGUAUGGAAAAGUUUUGAUAACACAGCCUUUCCUAAACUGGUGCCUUCUAUAUGUACUGGAUUACAACUCCAAUGAUUGCUGUAUUGUCAUCACAGUGUAUAUCUGGAGGACACUAUGUGGAGAAGGUUAAUUUGUACAAGGAAGAGUGAGCACAUUUUCAAUCAUUUUUCUGAGUUUCCCCAAAAUGUUGAUCCAACUGAGUGGUAGCCAGUCACUCUCCCACUUGGAGUUUUACCCCAUAAAGUGUCCUUUUGCAUCUGUGGGAUUAGUCCAAGAAGCAUACUGAUGUAUGCAAAUCUCCUCUGUGAAAAUAAUUUAUGCAAAAAACAAAACAAAAAAUAAAAGCCAGUUUUCAUUAGAAACACCAUUUAACUACCUUAUAUUCAUUUAUUUUAUCAGUAUAAAUAUCCUUCUACAAAAAAAUUCAGAACUCAGAAUAUUUUGUUUUAGUUUUAAUAUACAGUCAUUCUUUGUCAAGUGCAAAGGUUCCAUAAAAAAAAAAAAAUCCUUAUAGUUGGAUAAUAUAAAUUGGUAAAUUUAAGGCCUUGUGGAAAAAAUAGGGUUAGAAGAACUAAGUCAUGAUUCAACCUAUUAAAUCCCUCAUUUUUUACCCCAUAAUAAAAUAAUAACAUCAGAGAAAAGAAAUACAAGGAAACAACAUGAAAGAAAAAAUGAAGGCUGACUGAGAAGAAAUGACAGCAGAACAUGUCAUUUCUUUCCUUCUAUCUCUCAUGAGAAGAAAAUCUCAGCCAGCAUGCACCCACCCACCCCACCCCACCCCAUUACUGAUCUUACACAACCUUGUGGAUUCAAUUCAGUUCAAUUUUAUUCAAUUUAUAUAGCCACCCAUCUCACUUAUGUGACUGGUUGGCUUACAAGUUAAAACAGCAAAAAACAAAUGUAUAUAAAUAAAAUUAAAAACAAUUAAAAUAAUAAAUCACAAACAUAAAAGCAUGGAAGAUCUCUACUCAAAGCUCGCAUAUAGUGCAGCCAUCUUGCAGACUCCCCACAUCCACAGGAUCCCCACGCCUGAAAGCACAGCCAUGUCUUCAGGGACUUCCUAAAGGCCAACAAGGUUGGAGCCAGUCUGACCUCAGGGGGGAUGAUGUUCCAGAGGGCGGGCACCACAAAAAAAGGCUCUCCUCCUGGGCCCCAUCAGACAAAACAUCUUUGUACACAGGACCCACAACAUGCCCCUUCUCCCAGAUCUGAUGGGAUGGACAGAUGUAAUUACGGAGAAACAGUCCCU